UAAAUAAGGUCAGUGUUAUAAUACCGGGCAGUUCGCCGCUUGAAUUAUAUAGCCGUCCCGAUGGAUGGUUACCACGGCAACCGGUGCACUACAGGAUGUUAUCACAUUCCACAAUGAGGUCAUGUGAUCACCGGGAACCGUAGUUACUCUGCAGUGUAUCGGUCGGCGUAGCUGUUUACAUUACGUAACCGGAGUUACCUCGACGCCUGCGGCAGCGGGCUUUUGUAAGAGCCAAAGUCGGGGACACAGCAGGCACAACGGACCAUUGUUUACAGGCCAAGUGGUGUGGAUUCAGCACAUAUUGACUGACAUCGGACUGUUUCGCUUGUGAAAUAUUUUAACCUGUACGUACAGAGGUCUGAAUUGCAUGUGGAUGCUGAGCUGAGAAUUAAACUUCCAAAGUCGUUGAAUUAAAUUAUUUGAAGUGAUCAUAGGCAAGUCAACAGGUGGUGUUCCAACUCAAGAUCAACACGUGGACUGGUCAACUAAGGUCAACACCCAGACAGCUCAAAGUCAACACAGAGACUGGUCAACUCAAGGACAACUAUAUGACACCCAUAGGUUGAACAAGUUUCUAGGUCAUAUAGGAGGUAGACAACUUGAGGUCAACACUGGGGCUGGACAACAUGUUGGUCAUAACAGACAGUUGCAAUGUUUGUUUGCUCUGCUUUCAGUAGAACAAGACCCUGAUGAACAAAACAAUAUACAGGCAGCAUGCAGGUUCACAUCAAAAGAGAGCGAAAUGACGACAAGUAUUCUGCAUGUGAAGCAGUAUCGGCUGCCCCACAAAAUGGUCUUGUGUCAACUCCUCAACAAAUUGGGGGUCAACAAAAUGGCUUUCCUUAUAACCGACUUCCCCCUCCCCUGAUAGAGGCUUCACAGGUGCCAGGGCUGAACAAUCAGUUUCUCCAGAAUGGCACGGUUGCUAAUCAGGUGCCAGGCCAACAAGGACCUCAGCAGGAGAAAUUGGCUGAACCAGUCAAACAAAAAGUGCCAGAAACACAAAUUGAUUAUCCGAGCUUUAAGGGAAUGUUCGGAUGGACAACAAUCGAUGGCGUUAACGUGCCUUAUAUCUUCCGAAAGGAUAGAAAGUUUAUGUCUGUCAGAGUGGUUGAACAGAAAUUGUUAAGUCGCUAUCCGAACUCCUAUCCCGAUGAACUGGGCAAACACCAGCCUCUUACCAGUUACUUUAUUACUACGCACGAGGCAAAGCUCCUCAACGAGAUCAACAUUGUGCAUUGUGGAGGAGAGUUUGGCCAAAAGGAAUUCAACACCAAAGAUUUGAUAGUGUUAUUGGAAGACUUCUGUGAUUUCCACAAUCUUGUGAAAAAAACAUUUCCCGAGCACAUCGUAAAUACACCUCCGCAACACCAGAUCAACCAGGCAAUGGUCAAGGAGAGCAGAAGCCAGGUCUGUGGCUGGAUACAGGUCAACAAUACUGUCACUCCUUACAUCAACAAGAACAAUGACAAAUACGUGCCGCUGUUGGUGAUGAAACAUGCUGCCUCUCUGAACGUCCCUGCACAAGGUAUACUCCCUGAACCCGAGGAAUGCAAUCAGUUAAAUAAAGCCUGUAAACAGGUGGGUUUUAGUUUCUCAUUCUCGAAGACGACCAGAGUGGUGUCCCUUAGUGAAGUCAUGAAGCAUUUCCCUAUUACAGUUAUCAAUUUACCAUCAGACAAUCCGCUAGAGUAUGCUCAGUAUGUUGAGGUGCCUGCCAUGCCUCAGCAAAACCUACACUCACUAGCCAACAUGCAACAACAACAGCAGCAACAACAACAACAACAACAACAACAACAACAGCAGCAGCAACAGGUGGAUACAAGACCUCACCUCAACCCUGCCUAUCAAAACCUGCAAUCAGCCAAGGAGGCUGGGCAGACACAGUACAUGCAAGCCCAGAUGACUCCGGACAGGUUCCCACCUCCUCCCAGGGGGCAAGGUCCUCCUGGAGGGAUCCAUCCUGCCUUCAUGGAUCCUCGGUACAUGUUUUCAUACAAUAGAUUUCCAUACAAUGUUUACAAUGUGCCAAGCGGUCCCCCCAAUGUAACUGUUAACCCCAUGUCUAAUGGUUUUGGUGGGGGUCAGAUGCCUAUGCCUCCUCCGCCUUACCAACAUAACCAACAGAUGAAUGGUCAAGUGAGAUCACCACGGGCAGUAAUAGGUCAACAGAAAGGACCUUCACCUUCCCGGAGUUCUAGUGCCAGCAGCACUGGGAGUGGAGGUCCAGUGCAACAGAGACCACCAAGUACCAAUCGGUCUUCCUCAUCACCGUGGCACGACCAAGCAAGCAAGCCGCAAACGUCUCCAGGUAGGGGAAAGAUGCCAUACUCUCGCUCAUCAAACAUAUCACAACAACAAUCACAACACCAGCAAAUGAAUCAUGGGCAGCCUAUGUCCACACAGCCAUCGUCUAAUCAUGCUAGAGUGGUGCCACCCGGGGCACAUAUGCAAUCAAACUUAACGGGUCAGUCACCACACAGGGUCUCUGGCACUCCUAAUCCAAGUCAUAAUGGCGGUGUGCCCCCAGGCCAACAUAUCCCUCCUCCUCCCCUUAUGUCAGGCCCACACACCCUAGGACCCACGGGCAGUGUCACACGUACCUCUCCACAGUCUUGUCCUCCACUGAUCUCUUCUGCCAACAACGGCCUUCCUAACAAUAGGUUGAGACAUAGUAGUGGAACAUCAUCAGUGAUAGACCAACAGACUCCACUCCAAAAUGGAGCCAAGUCCCCCUCAGCCCAGGUGGUGUCUCCAGUGUCGGGAGUACAGACUGGGCAGGGAAAGGCAGGUGAAAACAGUGCUCCAAAACCAGAAGUGCCUUCCCUGACAGAAUGUAUUAAGGGAGUGUGGCUAGGUGGCAAAAGCAUAUCUUGUAUGCAUCUCAAUGGACCAAAGCGCACAGGCAAGUUCUGUCUGGUGGAGGCGGUGUGUAAGCUUUACUUCAAUGGUUGUAGUGUCAAUGAGUUUCUCUUCGCGUUGGAAAAUGUGUUGAGUGUUCCUCUUGUGACUUGUACAGAUGAAGAAGAAAAAGCUUUUAUUCAUUACUAUAGUUUACCUGUUACUGUGUUAAAAUGCAACAAAAUGAUUGACUUUGAUGACUUGGAAAAGUUCUUCCCUCAGCUGACAUAUGUAUUCAGAGGGAAAAUAGGAUCAACAGAACCGCACAAGACGCUCUCCCAAAAUGGAGGUGCUCAGACUCUAUCACCAGAUAAAAUAAACAAUGGAACUGCCACUGCUAAACAUUAUGAAAACCAAAAUGGUGACCACACUUCUCAACAGAGGAAGAGGGCCAACUCGAGUAUGCUUCAAGGCCAAUCAAAGGUGCCGUGUCGACGUCUUGACGAAGCAGUGAGGAAACUCCACAGUCAACAAAAGAUUAAUGACAAUGAUGCAACAUUGGAGGACGGUAACAGUGAAACCACUGGAGGAUCAGUCAUCAUUUUAGACUAGGACUACCACCAGUCAUCAGUGAGACAACUGGAGGAUCAGCCAUCGUCCUACAUGAGGACUACCAACAGUCAUCAGUGAGACAACUGGAGGAUCAGCCAUCGUCCUACAUGAGGACUACCAACAGUCAUCAGUGAGACAACUGGAGGAUCAGCCAUCGUCCUACAUGAGGACUACCAACAGUCAUCAGUGAGACAACUGGAGGAUCAGCCAUCGUCCUACAUGAGGACUACCAACAGUCAUCAGUGAGACAACUGGAGGAUCAGCCAUCGUCCUACAUGAGGACUACCAACAGUCAUCAGUGAGACAACUGGAGGAUCAGCCAUCGUCCUACAUGAGGACUACCAACAGUCAUCAGUGAGACAACUGGAGGAUCAGCCAUCGUCCUACAUGAGGACUACCAACAGUCAUCAGUGAGACAACUGGAGGAUCAGCCAUCGUCCUACAUGAGGACUACCAACAGUCAUCAGUGAGACAAAUGGAGGACUGGUCAUUGUCCUAGACUAGUAUUAGUGAGACAAUUGGAGGAUCAGUCAUCAUCCUAUAUUAGGACUACCACCAGUCAUCAGUGAGACAAAUGAAGGACUGGUCAUUGUCCUAGACUAGUAUUAGAGAGCAACUGGAUGAUCAGCCAUCGUCCUAGGCCAGGACUACCACCAGUCAUCAGUGAGACAACCAUAGGAUCAGUCAUAAUCCUAGACCAGGACUACCACCAGUCAUUAGUGAGACAACCAUAGGAUCAGUCAUAAUCCUAGGCCAGGACUACCACCAGUCAUCAGUG